AUGUCCACUCAAAAUUAUCUCAUCCUGCCUUUGAAGUGGAAGCCUGGUGAAGAUCUCUUGAAUGCAACUACCAAAGGUGUAUAUACUUUGUAUGCUUUGCGAGAAACGAAUGAUGACAGAUUUAUUCCAGUACUUGUUGCUGUUCACGAGGAAGUUAACGACGUUACAAUGUUGAACACUAUUGAGUACUAUACGAUGGUUUAUGGAAAAUUUAGGCUUUUGCCUACAGUUUUAAUUAUCUCUAUCAAUGGCCCCUCUAGUCUGAUGGAUAAUAACGAGUUCAGUGUUGUUGACGAUUUAUUUUUAGUGCAAUUCAACAUAAAUGCGACUAAUACGCCUAGACCUUCACUUACAUCAUUGUGCCAGUUUAUAUCUAAUCCAAACAAAAUACUUAUCUUUCACCACAAUUUAGAAACUGAAACUAUAAGCUUGACAUGUGAAGCUGUAACAAAUAGAGAAAGUUAA